AUGGAGACACAAACCAGACAACCUCGGAGGAUAAAUCAACUCCAUAGACCCCAGAUAUAUGUCAAUCUUGAGUUUGGCGUAUCUUGGUCCCAGGCCCACCUGCCAAACCGCCAUGGCAUUGAGUAUAGAUCAAGGGGCUUAAGGGACAAGACUGUAGGAGGCUCUUAUUCACGCCAGGUGCCACCUCCGAACACCAACUAUCUCGAGCAGAUCCCCGUUGUCGCCUUUGCCUAUCCAUAUACCGUCGAUGACAGCAACCAACUGCAGCUCUAUUAUCACCAAGAUCAGUUUCUGCAGCUGCCCGUGGAUCCAAGCUACGGCUUUUACCCGUCAGAGCAAUCGGAACAACAGCAACAAUCGCAACACGUCCCUAUUCCUCCCCGUGCUUCAUCAUUAGCAGCCUCACAAGAAAGCCCUCAGCCAGCUUCGCAGACAGCCAACAUAACUACUGUCCCGUCUCUGCCUGUGGACAUUGGCACCAGGCCCGCCACGCAAACAACCAUCACCUCCAGCCGUGACCCUGCCCCUCGAGGUCGGCAGUUCUCAAACCCCAGGAGGUUUCAGCCACAGCUUGAGAGCCCUGUAGAAGAACCCGAGGAGCAUAGGCCGUCUCGAGAGACCAGGACGCCAGUGCACUCCCGAGGUCGCUCCGCACCACCACCGAUCGCCGACAGUCCCUGGAACGUCCAGGCCCAGCCGGCUGUGUUCCAGUUCACUCAGCAGUCAGUUCCCAGCGUUUCCUCACCAACGCAGUCUGCCGGCUCUGUGGCCAUGCAGGGAAGGUCGAUAUCUCAGGGUGAUCCGCGACUGUGGAAGGCCCUUCCCGAGCCCCCGACCUCGUUCCGACUCGGCGAAGAGGGGAUGCCUUGGGAAGCCCUAUCUUGGCCUAUGGGAUACGAGCCCGAGGCCGACCCAGAGCAUGCUCGCGCCAGCUCCUCGUAUCCUGGAGAGCGCCGCCUACCGUCGAGCUUUCCGACCGCUCCCUCGAGCCGGUACUCGCCGCCGCACGAUGGCGGUACAAACAUGACCUAUCUCCCCUACAGUCCAAUCCGCGUUGCAAACAUCCAAGUAACCUCUCCUGUGCAGACACCAGGAGUUCCACGACCGUCUGCUGCGGCCGUCACGUCACCUGAGGGCCGGGACUUGGGAGCACUCUCGGUGGCCAUGAUGACCAUCGACAAUGGCUUCGAAUCACAGUGGUGGAACCAAGGCGAGCGCGAGGCGAUCCAGGUCCGCACGGCACCAACAACCCCGGUGGUAGGCAACAGCAGUAACAACAACAACAAUAAUAAUAAUAAUGAUAACAACGAAAACGCGACGAGACUUAUCAGUCCUGAUUCUGCCCACCAGCAGCUACGAAUGCAGGACUUCUCGGCUGCCACUCUUGGCUGGGCCGUUGCUACACCCCCGCUGUGGCAGCAGUCGUCUCGUUUAAACAAUGGCCACCAGCACCAUGCAUCGAACGCUCCGAGCUUCAACACGGAGAGCAUAGUGUCACCCAUGACGCCACCAACGUACUUUAACAUGAGGAGGACGCUUUCGACACGAUCCGACGACGCUUAUUCAACAAUGGGACGAUAUGCAUAA